AUGCCCCCAAAACCAUUAGUUCCACGUACACUUCAUAUCCCUGGUGUUAAACGCAAUGGUGAUUUACUCUAUUAUAUCGGCGAUAAUGGUAUAACAUUUCAUCCUAAUCUAACCAUAGACCGUAGUUUGUUGGGUGGGAUCGGAUUGUUCUUUAACCCUGGUGAGGGUGGUGGAAAUGAAUCCACCCAGACUCCUCAAGGUACAAUUGUGAACAGUAAUGUCAAACAGAGUUUUCAGUCCGUGGCUGAUGUCGAAUUGUUACGUAUUCCUAGAAGGUCAACAUUCACUAUCCAUACAUUGGUUAGAUUAUUAGAGGAACUAAAGAUUCGUGAUAAAUUAAUAACCAUUGAUAAUAUUAAUGUUCCACCAAUUAAAGAAUCGGAAUUAAUUAUUAAUUUCUUGAAUUGCAUGGAGCCAACCACUGAAACUCAUAUUUUGAUAACCUAUUUUCUUGCUUUUCACACAAUCAAAAAGUUUCGUCAAAGAUUGUCUCCCAAAUCGCCAUAUUAUCAAGAAUCACCAGUUAUGCAAUUGAAUACCUAUUUGAAUAUUUUAAGUGCAACUUCAACAAUAAAAUACCCUGCGGAUCAUUUCCACAAAAAGCUGGAUUACAUCAGUAGGGAUAUUGACGAUGAGUUUGUUAGUACCUAUUGUGAAAUGAGUCAAAAAAUCAAACUUGAAUAUGAAUCAUUAAUUGAACAAUUGCACGCAUUGUAUCAUGAUGUACCACUUUUCGAUAUUGCAAAGUUAUUAUCGUUUGAAUCAUAUUUCCAAAUUUGUCAAGCGGUUAGAUCAAGAAUCCUCGAAAUUCCUCGAGAUGCUCACAACGAUAUUGAUGAUGUUGUUGGUCCACCUCUCAAGAAAAUGAAAGCGCGUGAAGCUCAAGGUGAGCCACUGGAAAACGCUGUCACUACUGGUUUACAAGAGCUUUCCAUUAAUCCAGAGGAAGGGAAAUCCAAUGUCGGGUCGGGACGCAAUGACACUGAACAUACUAAUAACACCGAUGAUUAUGUAAUUGACGUUUCUUUGGUUCCGAUUUUGGAUUUUGUCAACCAUAAUCAUCAUAGCAAUUCUUAUUUUGAUAUUGAUAGACGUACUAACGAUAUUGUAUUAAAAUUGAGGUCCAAUGUGCAAAUGAUUGCCAACGAAAAAUUUGAGGUUACAAUUAGUUAUGACCCUGAAGAUAAUAUCAAGGAAUUUUUAUACACGUAUGGAUUUUUUCCUAAAAUAGUCAACAAUAAGAUUGGUGUCAGUGCCAAUUUUAAUGAAAAUGAUAAUAUCCAAUUAUUUGAAUUGAAAUUAAACAAUUUGGACCGUUAUAUUCCUAAGAGUCAGUACUUGUGUAGGUGGUUGAAAGUCUUACCCCAAAUUCAAUUGGUUAUCAAGUAUGCUUCUUCUGAUACUGUUGAUAAUGCAAACAGCAACAAUGAGUCCAACAUGAGAGUUUAUUUCAACUUUUUCUCCAAUAAUUUACCAUUGUUGUUUAUUCCCGAGAUAGCUUAUAAUGCAGGUUGGUUGGAUGUUUUAAUACCUCAUUUCAUUAAAUAUAAUAAUAUCCCUCCAAAUUGUCGUACUAAUAUUGAUGCACUAGAGUUGGUUAAUAUGUUUAUAUAUCAAGAAAAGCAUUGUGAUUAUAUUAAUGGUAUUGAUCCAAUUGGGGUUAAAUUGACUACGACUGAUGAUGAUAAUGUUGGUUCCAGUCGAAAAGCGCCAGUUUUGUUAUCUGAUUUAUCCAAUAUUUUACAAGUGACAAACUCUGAUUUCGAAGACUUGAUAAAAAAAACACUUGAGUUCAUUGUUACUGUUUAUUUAAAUGAACAAGUGGAACAUUUAAAGGAUCAGUUGGACUUAAAGAAAAAGCUUGUCAUGUGUGGACUCGCUAAUAACUUUGAUGAAUUGGUUGAUAAAUAUCAGAGAUUUAAAUUUAGAGUAUUUCAGCAAAUUAUCAAGCAAUACAAAGAGGAUCUUUCAAGCUUGAUUUUACCUGAAAGUAUCGCCAAAAGGGCAUGGGAGACUAAAUAUCGAACACCACCCCGAGAAUUUAUUUUUGAAUGUACUUGA